GGGAAUGGCAAGUUUUUUUGGCGCUCGGCGCGUAGGCGUAACCGCCGCUACACUCGCUGUCGCUGUAGGCGGCUCCUACGUGGCACUCCGUGACCCYUAYGUCUCCUCCAGCGACSUCGCYGGYGGAGGYWCAGCSCUAGAGGCARUCCGGAGGAAAAUCACMGACCCSGYWGCGGUUGUACCUUCUCGUGCCGUACAAGAGUCAUAUCUCGUCGCUGCUAAUUCCUCUAAUCCACUCGACAUUCUCGUUGUCGGUGGAGGCGCCACCGGAUGCGGGGUCGCUCUCGAUGCCGUCACCAGAGGGCUACGUGUCGGCCUUGUGGAACGAGAUGACUUCUCUUCUGGAACGUCAUCCCGCUCUACGAAGUUAAUUCACGGAGGUGUUCGCUACUUGGAAAAAGCGGUAUUCAAUUUAGAUUAUGGGCAACUAAAGCUGGUUUUUCAUGCAUUAGAGGAGCGCAAACAGGUUAUUGAUAAUGCUCCGCACCUGUGCCAUGCUUUACCUUGCAUGACACCAUGUUUUAGCUGGUUUGAGGCACUAUACUAUUGGGUGGGCUUGAAAAUGUAUGAUCUGGUGGCAGGACGACGUCUACUUCAUCUAUCCAGGUACUAUUCUGCACAAGAGUCUGCUGAACUCUUCCCCACACUUGCAAGGAAAGGCAAAGAUAGAAGUUUGAAGGGAACAGUAGUCUAUUAUGAUGGACAAAUGAAUGAUGCACGGGUUAAUGUUGGCUUAGCAUGCACUGCUGCAUUAGCAGGAGCCGCUGUACUUAAUCAUGCCGAAGUUGUAUCCCUUCUUAAAGAAGAUGGUGGGAAUCGGAUAAUAGGAGCACGGAUUCGGGACAAUUUAUCAGGCACGGAGUUUGAUGCAUAUGCAAAAGUAGUAGUUAAUGCGGGUGGACCAUUUUGCGACUCUGUUAGAAAAUUGGCUGAUAAAGAUGCAAAACCAAUUAUCUGUCCUAGCAGUGGUGUCCACAUUGUUCUGCCUGACUAUUAUUCUCCUGAGGGAAUGGGCUUGAUUGUUCCCAAGACAAAGGACGGACGUGUUGUAUUCAUGCUCCCAUGGUUAGGAAGGACGGUUGCUGGUACAACCGACUCCAGUACGAGCAUUACCAUGCUACCAGAACCUCAUGAGGAUGAAAUUGAAUUUAUACUGGAUGCCAUCUGUGAUUAUCUUAAUGUUAAGGUACGGCGCACAGAUGUUCUCUCUGCUUGGAGUGGAAUCCGGCCUUUGGCAACUGAUCCAAAUGCGAAGAACACAGAGAGCAUUUCAAGGGAUCAUGUUGUGUGCGAAGAUUUUCCUGGUUUGGUCACGAUUACUGGUGGAAAGUGGACCACAUAUAGAAGCAUGGCUGAAGAUGCAGUCAAUGCAGCUAUCAAGUCUGGAAAGCUGAACGCAGCAAACAGCAGUUUGACGUCCAACAUACGUCUAGUGGGUGGAGAUGGAUGGGAUCCAGCAUUUUUCACCGUGCUUGCUCAAGAAUAUGUGCGAAUGAAGGUGGGACAUAGUGGUAAAAUUGUUCCUGGAGUUAUGGAUACUGCUGCUGCUAAGCAUUUGUCUCAUUCAUAUGGUACCAUGGCUGAAAGAGUAGCUGUCAUAGCACAGAAUGAAAAUCUUGGCAAGCGGCUUGCCCAUGGGUACCCAUACCUUGAAGCUGAGGUUGCUUAUUGUGCUCGAAAUGAGUACUGUGAAUCUGCAGUAGAUUUCAUUGCUAGAAGAUCCCGACUUGCUUUUCUCGAUACUGAUGCAGCAGGCCGAGCACUGCCCCGUGUGAUUGAGAUAUUGGCGGCUGAGCACCAUUGGGACAAGCGAAGGCAGAAGCAAGAGUCCGAGACAGCAACAAAGUUUCUUGAAUCUUUCAAGUCAUCAAAGAAUGCUCAAUUUCAUGAUGGGAAGCAUACAUAAUGAGAUAUUUUAACAGUCAUUCAGUCAUCACUGGGUUGUAAUAAGUCGAACCCAAGGAGCUGGAAUGCCAGUUUGUUCUUCAGCUGGAUGCUCACCUUCCUCUAUGCAGCCAGUAUGUGGUUAUAGCUCAUAAUAAGCUCGUCCGAUAAAUAUUCUUCGACUCGUUAAUUUUAGCAAUGCUUGGUAAAUAAUGUUCUUUCGUGGUUCAUUGAAUCAUGGACCGGACUACCCUUCGGAAAAAUAUGGUUCAAGUUGAUGUUUUUAGGUUACAAAAAUAGGCCAUUUUCAUCCUUUGAGUUCACUGCAAAUCAUCAUAGGCAAAUGUUUAGUUGCACUGGCUUUUGAUUGGUUUUGUUCAUCCCAUAUAAAAACGGUAACUUGUGACAUUUGGUCAUGUGUUUCUACCAGAUUUUCAAUAAAAUGAGAACAACUUUGUGAUCAA